UAUGGACAUCGCAUUUUACAGGAUAUCGUUGUGAAACAAAACAACAGUUAUAAUGAACAUAUUUAUAAGCGUAUAUAAUCGAAGUGGUCACUGAGAUAACACUAAAAUGUGAACAGGAUAUCAAUAAUUUAAAAAAAUAUAUAUUACAAAAAUAUUUCACUAGAACGUUAACUGCGUGGAUUUUCUAAAAAAAAUAAUUGAGAUACAAUAAAAGGACAGGCAACUAAUCGACUUAAGUUUUCUUCCGGAUUUCUUUCUUAGUUGCAAAGUCGUUGACAUAACUGUCUGACUCGAGGGAUUAGAACACUUGUUUUAGCAUCGGUGAUGACUGCCGAGUAAUACGUUUUAUAUUUCAUCGGUCCGUCAAGGAUCGCCCGGUAUCCAAUAAAUCAGAGUACCUCAUAUUAGGAUCAAAUAUAACAGGAAAAGUUGCGGCAAUCAGACGACCAGGGGAUUGCUACAUGUAGUAUUAAAUAAAAAAUAAUAUUUGGGAUUAUAUAACAUUUAUCUACGGGGAGUAGACUAAAGGCAUCUGAAAUUGCUUGAUACGAGUUGGCUUGUGAUUCAGACAGCCAAUUACAUUGUCGCAGACUGCAGUGAGCGCUAUGGGGAGGGGGUAUCUCAGGUCAUAGGCUUCUUGCUUGUGAAGUCCGGGCCAACAGCCAGUUGUGCAGUCUGUACGGGCCGAUUAACAGGGUUGGUGAAAAACUCCCGAUGAUACAAUGGAUAUAUCAAUGAAUCAACACAUGGUCAAUCACUAUCCGCAGCCAUUCCAGGAUGAGUUCCAUCCGUUCAUAGAGGCCCUCCUGCCUCACGUUAAAUCUUUCGCAUUCACAUGGUUCAACCUCCAGGCAGCCAAAAGAAAGUUCUACAAGAAGCAUGAGAAACGUAUGGGAAUGGAAGAAGAGAGAAGAGUGAAGGAAGAAUUACAGUGUGAGAAACCAGAAGUGAAACAGAAGUGGGCAUCAAGAUUGCUAGCAAAGCUACGUAAAGACAUUAAUCAAGAAUGCCGCGAGGACUUUGUAUUGAGCAUAACGGGAAAACGUCCGCCAUUGUGCGUAUUGAGCAAUCCCGAUCAAAAAGGCAAAAUGCGCCGUAUAGACUGCUUACGCCAGGCUGACAAAGUAUGGAGGUUGGAUCUAGUCAUGGUUAUUUUAUUUAAAGCUAUUCCAUUGGAGAGUACAGACGGUGAACGCUUAGAAAAGUCCCACGAUUGCUUACAUCCACAUGUGUGUGUAAACCCUCAUCAUAUCAGUGUAUCAGUGCGCGAGCUUGACCUCUACCUCGCCAAUUUUAUACAUAGCUAUGUACCAAAAGAUUACACAGCCUACAAUGAACAUGAUGAUAUUAAGGUUCCUGGUAACAUCCAUUCUGGUGUAUCCGGAAAUGACAGUAUUGCAGCGACUGGUGUCUUUUCAGCCAGAGAAUUACUGCGUGUCACCAGAUAUACAGUAACACAGACAAAUGAAAACAUGUCACCAUACUAUAGCAACAAACUUGAGAGUCCGAGUUACUAUAACAACUGUGACCAAAUCCAGACUAUGCCACCUUCCAUCCAUCUCCGUGGUCACAAUAUGAACCAGAAUGGUACUAUGGGAAUGGAAAGUCCACAUUAUGGGCGACCAAAACGAAGGCGUGUCAUGGGAUCUAUGUCUAGUGUAGAGGAAGAGGUUGAGAGUAUCCAUGGUGACGAGGCUGAGCAACAUUCAGUUAAUGGUUAUUACACAAGAAAUCCCCAACCCGGUGCAUGGGAAACUAGUUCCCAAGAUAUGGAGCAUAGUAUGGCCAAUAGUCCAGUGAUGCCUCCAUCCCAAAUGUUACAUAACGGUAGCAAGGAAGACAGUGGCUUCACCCCAGUGACAUCUGACAACAUGGGUAUCCCCACCCCCACCAGGCCUCAUAGUAAUCAACAGCCACACUUACAGCAGCUCUCUCCACAUGAACCAUCCAGAGGUGCACCCUCCUCCACGGGUUUGGAUGAAAAUGGACGUGAGAUGAAGUACCAGCAGGCCCCAGGUGGCGAUGCGCUGUCUGACUUCGUCACUCUGUCAAAUCCAUCAACCCCUACAUUAAAGAGUCCGACAAAGCUACCACAAUUUUUCACACCUGGGAUGCUUCCCCCACCUCCACCGCCUCCUGUGGCCCGACCAGUGGCGAUAAUUCGUACAUCGGAUGGUGGCCAGACAGUGGUAGCUAGCAGCUCCCCACCCACUAGCAUGUCUACAUCCGCAGCAAUAACAGCUACAGGUACAAGCAAUUCUAGUAGCACGUCAUCUACUCCAACUACACCACCUGUAAGUCGUGCUAUCAUGUCUAGUCCAUUCUCAUUGCUAGGGAGUCGCCCAGGGGAGCACGCCUUUACCCACAUUCACCCACAGGGUCCCCAGGUAACUACAUCAACAGGGUCUUGGAUGUUUACCUACCCUAGCAUCAGUCCAAUCAGUGGCCUUAGUGGGAUGAUCAGUCCCACAACAUUUAGUCUCCUGUCUUCCCCCGUUGCCACCCCAAGAACAACCCCCCGCUCAACUCCCAUACCCCGUUUUACCACCCCCAUGGUGCCGUUGGAUGAUUCUUUUGACUACAAUCUGAUGACGUACCCUCCAGGUUCAGGGAGUGAAGAUGGGACACUGCUGAAUGAUGUAAGGAGUUUUAUUCCGGUGCACCUGAAUAUAGUCCAUCCACUCGUGGAAGAGAUACGCAGUCGAGACAGCAAUGAUUCACCAACGAGGAGUACAAAACUAGACGAACAUACUUGAAAUGGAGAUGGUUAUUGAUGUGGGAAAAACAUAUAUACUGCUGAGUUCAGAUUGAAGUGCAGUCAUUAACUGUAAAUAACUAUGCCUUCAGUUAUAAAAAAUCAUGGAAAAUAACUACCGCUGCUAGAUAAAAAAUCGUAGCCAGCAGCUAAUGCAUGCUGUGAAUUGAACAUGGUCAGUCGACUAGAAUAUAUCCCAGCUUGCUUAGCUACAGGAAACUGAGUGACAAUGGGUGGGAAUGAUUGUAAAUAUAUAAUAUAAAUAUGAACAGUGAACUCAAGUGACAUACCAUCACUCAAGUGACACACCAUCACUCAAGUGACAAACUGUCACUCAAGUGACAUACAGUCACUCAAAUAAAGGGAUCUCGUUUUGUGCUAAUGAUUUUUCCAUGAAUUUAAAGAUAUAGCAAAUGUAUUGAAAAUACAUAUUUGUUAUUUGCAAUAACAUUGUAUCAGUGUAUACCAUAGUUAUACUACUUAAUUAUUAAUUAGUACCAUAUUAAUUAAAAUCCUAACUUUGUAAAGACUAUAUAUAUGACAACUAAAAUAUGGUUGGUAUUGAAGUGUGAAAAAUGAAAUUUUAUUAGCUUCAACUUGGAAAGACGACACAAUCAAUGCGGCUUAGAAAUGAACUAGUUAUAUAUUCUAGAUUUUAUCUAU